ACGAUGGAAUCUGAUGCUGCUUUGGUCCCGGAAGACUCUACAUACGUGUCUUCUGUGCUUCAAAAUCAACAAAACAUUCAGAAGAUCGAGCUAGACGAUCUAAUCGACUUGGAAAAAGACUUGUCAAUUGGUGAAAAGAUUGGAGUAAUUUUUCUCCUUUACGGAAGUGAUCAAGAGCUUGUAAAUGCUGCCAUUCAACAUAUUUUAUACAUUUUGCGGAAUCCUUUGAGCGAAUCCACAUUCAUUUAUCAAUGGGCAAAAGGAAGGGACACCUGGCAAGAGCCCCUUGUCGAAAGUUUGUGCAUCACACAAUCCUAUCACAUCACGGAAAAAUUAAAUCUGCACAUGAAACUACUCGAAGAAGUAUACAUGCCUUAUAGAUGUGGCGUGGCUUUGUCCAUUAACCAAGUUGUCAAAUCGCUCUUUUUGAUGGCUGAACGUUUGUUAAUCAAAGACACGGAAAUGUUGAUCCAAUACAUGGCCGACAAGGGCACAACGAAUUUUAGUGAUCACAAUUACAUCGAAUUGCAUUUACUUGACUGGAUCAGAAGAAAAAUCAUCGAGGUCCAUGAAUCGGUAAAAGUUGAUGUGUUGUAUGAGUUUUUGAAGCAGUGCGAAUUACAUGACGCUCUAGAGCCGCUAGAGUCCUUUAGGACAAAAGUCAUUAGUGUCGAAAAGAAAAGUGCAUUAUCGAGCCAUAACAGUUCAGAUUGCUACAAAAUUCGUCGAGAAAAAUGCGGCUAUGUGCUGAUAAUCAAUCAAAAAACUUUUACGAAACCAGAUCCCGCUCAAAUUCCACCAGGUGUGGAAAUCGAAGAAUGUUUGAGUGACAGAAAUGGAACAGAUGCCGAUUGUGUCGCUCUUGAACGUGCAUUUUCCGUACGUGGUUACAAAAUUGUUCGACGAGAUAAUUUGACGCAUAUUCAGCUGCAAAAGGCUCUCCAUGACAUCGUACAGGCGAGUACCAUUUACGACAGUUUGGUGGUUUGCAUUUUGAGUCACGGCAACAAAGGGGUCGUUUUUGGAUCGGAUUACAUUCCAGUCAAUAUCACGACAAUUCAGGAAAUUUUGUCGACGCAGCAACUCUUGAACAAACCCAAAGUUCUCAUCAUCCAAGCAUGCCAAGGACGAAAGAAAAAUGUGACAAUCACCUCGGAGCGAACUCGCAGUGAUUUGGAGACUGAUGAUGCGUCGCAUCAAGCACCGGUAUCGGCGCCAAAAUAUGCCGACUUGCUGACAGCGAUGUCGACGAUUGAGGGUUUCGUCUCGAUACGAGAUAGAAAACGGGGAACGUGGUACAUUCAAGAAGUCUGCAAGUCAAUUGAAGAGCGGGGUGAUGAAGAGCAUAUUUUGGAUUUGCUAACAAAUGUUAAUAAUAAAGUCGCACAAAAACGACAUUUAGCCGACGAAGAGGAAUUGUGCAUGUUGCCAGAGUUCAGUGUAAGACUUUUGAAAAAAAUGUAUCUUCCUAAGAAGAUAUGCGAAGGAGUUCAGCAAUAGAAGUUUGUUUACAUUCGAGUCAUUUUACAGAAAAAGUGUCCUUAAACUUUUUAAAAAUUAGUUUAUAAGGAUAGGUAGAAAGGAUAUAGAAUAUUGAGCAGUAAAAAGUUUUUAAAAAUGUUUUUUAAAAUUUUGCAAAUUUUUUGUACAUUAUUAACGAAAUUGUAAAUUAAAAAAAUGAUUAUAAUUAACUUUUUAAGUAAUUCAAAAGAGCUUUUAUAUUAAAUAUUAAACUUUUACAUUAAAUAUAAAAAUUAACUCUAUUGUUUUAAAACAAUUUCAUAACGAAAAACAUUCAAACCUUUUAUAAAACUUCAAAAAAUUUGAAAAAUUUUAAAUUAGGUACAAUUUUUUAUAAACUUUUUGUAUGAAAUUUUGUCAAAAACUUUGGAGUUUCUAUAAAUUUGAAUAAUUUUAUUUUAUUCUAGAAGGGAGGAUAUGAAAAACAUUUUUUUUACUUGCCUAAUUUUGAAUUUUAGGAAAAAUUUUAAAAUCAUAAAAUUAAAUAUU